UCCGGCUUUACUAGCUGAGUAAGCUACUAAUAUGUCAUCAAGCCUAUUUCGUAGCAGUAUGCAAUUAGUGUAAUGUGCACCGCUACCGACUGCCCCAUAGAAAGACCACCUUGUCCGCACAUGCAUCUUGUCUUGGUAUGGAUUAAUCAAACCCUGUAUGUAGUCGAAUACAAGAAGGAACCGGUGAGAUCGGUUUCUGCAUAAACACCUGACACACCCCUCGUUUAUAGUGCGGUUAUAUUAUCGUGAUGUCACUUUUUGUGUGCUUCUGGAUUUGGCUGAAGAAGAUGGCGGCCUCCUCAGGAGUUAAAGUUCCACGUAAUUUCCGCUUGUUGGAGGAGCUUGAAGAGGGUCAGAAAGGUGUUGGAGACGGGACAGUCAGCUGGGGCCUGGAAGACGAUGAGGACAUGACUCUGACCCGGUGGACGGGCAUGAUCAUCGGUCCUGCACGAGUAAGUGUGUCUGCAGGAGGAACUAAUUAUGAGAACAGGAUAUACAGUCUGAAAGUGGAAUGUGGUCCAAAAUAUCCUGAAUCACCACCGAUUGUUAGAUUUGUAACAAAAAUUAGCAUGAAUGGCAUAAAUAAUUCCAAUGGGAUGGUGGAUACACGUAGCAUACCAAUUCUAUCUAAAUGGCAAAAUUCUUAUAGCAUUAAAGUUGUUCUUCAAGAGUUAAGGCGUCUCAUGAUGUCCAAAGAGAAUAUGAAGCUUCCACAACCACCAGAAGGACAAAACUACAGCAAUUAAUUGUUUAUGGAUUGUUUACUUUGGUCCCCUAUUGUCUUAAACCUUAUUCUCUUAGAAAGUAUUGUGUAGGCCUUUAAUUCAAGUAUGGAAUGCUCACACUGCUAUUCCAGUGAUGUAGACUGAGAGCCAGGCAGGACGUUCAUAACAUGGGGCAUUCCUUUUAGUUAGCAUAUGCUCAUUCUAAGAUGUCCCCACUAAGAAUGAAGAUACCAUUUGAAGACCACAAGUGCAAAGUUUGUAUGAACAUUAGCUUUAAGAUUGUGAUGUAUCUCGUUUGAGGCACAAAGUGGAUAUGAAUGGCAGGGCACUAAAAGACUUGAGAUGUGUGUAUGAUCGCAUGCUCUAACUAAUAAAAUGUUUCUAAGUCACAUUCUAAAUUGUAAUUUAGUUGUUUAAUUGGAAUAUAAUGCUCAAGGUUAAGAUGUAGCAAAAUUGUGACAGAUUUUUUGUGUUUUUGACACUGUUAUUCUGUUCUGCAACAUACAGACAGUUAAGUCUGAAAAAAGUCACCCUUACAUUUAACUUCUGGUGUAAAUGAUAAAUGUAUGACUUGUGAUUUUCUGGCAUUAAAAUCACUGUCUGAAAUGUU